GACCAGAGCCUCACCGCAUAUGCACAGCUCGGCGUUUAUAGGUUGAACGUCUCGAGGGCCCUGAUAUCGCUAUUCGACCGGGACCGCCAGCACAUCGUCGCCGAAGCUACUCGAACGUCGCCCUUGCGUGCGAAACAUACUGGCAACAAUCUCUGGCUCUGCGGCACAGCAAUACCACGCGCCCAUGGCAUCUGCGAGCAUGUGCUCAUCGCGCCUGGAGCCCCAGGCGGCCACAUGCCGGCGAUGGACUCGGCAGCUCCUCUGUCUGACGAGCUUCCUGUCUCAGUCGUGCCGGACCUGGGAGCCGAUCAUCGCUUCUCCGAUCGACCGUAUAUCUGCAAUUCGCCCUUCAACCGUUUCUAUGCGGGCGUUCCCAUCCGGACACCCGGACCUCAUGGAAUGAACAUUGGCGUGUAUUGUGUGUUCGACACCGAACCUCGUCCGCACGGCCUGAGCAGCGACGAAAUCAGCUUCAUGCAGGACAUCUCGCAGACCGUCAUGGGGUAUCUCGAAUGCAGGAUGUCACAUGGCCGGAUUCAGCGAUCAGAAAGGAUGAUCCGAGGAAUGGGCAAUUUUGUUGAGGGGAUGGAAUCGCUUGCGGCUCCAGCGAACCGUGGCUCUGGCUACUCCAACAGGCGGUUGACGAAACUGAUCAACCAGGCGGCUUUGGCGCCUGGCGGCAGGAAGGCCUCGAAACCAACGAUGCCAGCCAAGAGGCCAGAAACUCUACUCAAGAGCCUCAGUGGCGGUAGCCGUGCAUCGGACGAGUCGCUUCUCUCGCCACGCACCUUCGUCUCUACGCCGCCCUUGAAAGAUCCGCCCACGGCCGAUCUUCAGCUGGCAGAAACUGGACGUGUUUUCGCAAAAGCCGCCAACAUAGUUCAGCAGUCCCUCGAAGUCGACGGGGUGUUGUUUCUCGAUGCCACGGUGCGAUCAUUUGGCGGGUUGGUGGGCCCGCACAGCGAGCGAAAAGUGUCGGUCGUAGGCAUGGAGAACCUCAACUACCUUAGCAACGACGACGACUCGACCACACAGACACCGCCACUAGCGAACAGAGAAGCCUUUUGCAAUGUGCUCGGCUAUGCAAUGCCACAUGGUUCGAGCAUCGCAGGGGACGGCGUGCCGUGGCAUUUCGAGGGCCUGCGUGAUCGGACGUUGCAAAGGCUGCUCAAGAAAUACCCGCAUGGUCGCAUCUUCAAUUUUGAGGCCAAUGGGCAGACACUGCAGCACUCUAUCGCCCAUGAUCAAGAGACGCCAAAGCAGAAUGCCUCUGGCUUACGACAGGACUUGCAUGACGAUACAGAUCUUGGAGAAAGUUCUAUGGGGGCAAAUGCUGAACUGCACAGUGUACCCACGAUACGGCGGCAGCGGUGGAAUGCAGCUGAAUCGAUCAUUCAUCUGUUUCCGGGGGCACGAAGUGUGGUCAUGGUACCUCUCUGGGACGGGCAGAAGAAACGCUGGGCUGCAGGCGGAUUUAUCUGGAUGAAGAGCCCAACACGAGUGUUUACCACAGAUGUAACGCUGAACUUCCUCCGUGUCUUUGGUCUGAUCAUCAUGGCUGAGAUCUAUCGGCUCAAUACCAAGGCCGAUGAGACCGUAAAGAGCAACAUCUUGGGCUCCAUCAGCCAUGAGCUGCGGAGUCCUCUCCAUGGUCUGGUUGGCGCCGUGGAGCUUCUGCAUGACAGUAAACUAGAUGCUGUUCAACAAAAUGUUCUCAACAUCAUUGAGACCUCGGGCAAGACGCUGGUUGAUACCAUCAAUCACUUGCUCGAUUACAGCAAGAUCAAUAGUUUUAUCGAGAGCGACAAGAAAGACACCUUGCUCGGAAAGGUGGGCGUGCAACCCGAGGAGAGAUCGGUUCAGGAGAAGGCCAAGUCGCAGAUCCUCCCAGUCGAACUGGACUGUCUCGUCGAGGAGGUCGUAGAGAGCGUUUUGGCGGGCUUCAGCCAUGAGCGGCUGUCAGGCCCUCGUGCUGCACAGGAUGUGACAGCUUACCGAAGUUAUGGCGAGCUGUCUGCAUCACGCAGCGUCCCGUCAUUGCUGGGCGAGUCCGCCAAAGACCGCGUCCAGAUCUAUCUUGACAUUGAGCCUUCCGCAUCGUGGCGCUUCCUUACCCACCCGGGAGCUUUCCGAAGGAUCGUCAUGAACCUGUUCGGGAAUUCCCUCAAAUUCACAAAGUCCGGAUUCAUCAAGAUUAGCCUGGCCCAGGAAACAGCUAAACCAUAUGAAGAUGGCUCACCUGAUACGGUGCUGCUGACUGUGGCAGAUUCGGGCAAGGGAAUCAGUGACGACUACCUCAAGAACCAUCUUUUCACCCCGUUCUGCCAGGAGGAUCAUUUCGCACCGGGAACUGGACUCGGACUGAGCUUGGUGAGGCAGAUUGCCGUAAAUCUGGGGGGAGAGGUCAAGGUAGCCAGCCAGAUUGGCCGAGGGACCACGAUUACGGUGUCGUUACCGCUUCCUGCCGCUGGUGAUGACGCCUCAGCAACAGAUGUCACGGGUCAUGGAGGGCACAUGCAAGCCCUGAAGGGGCUCAAAGUACAGCUCCGUGGCUUCGAUAGUCUGCCGUCUCCCGAAGCACGACCGGUUGUCCACGGCAUUGAGGAGUUAGGAAAGCUUCUGGAGUCUCAGGCGCAUGUCUUGCAGAACACAUGUCGCAACUGGCUGCAGAUGCAGAUCUUGUCGGAGGCUGAAGCACGCACUGUGCAGCCUGAUUUCAUCAUCCACCACGAUUGGACGUUGUCUUUUCAAGACGCGGAGAGGAUUGCAGCACGGGCCCCGUGCCCAGUGUUGUUUGUCUGCGAGGUGUCUGUGGCCGUGAGAAACUUCUCGCGCAGUCUUCCUGAUGCUGCCACUCGGAUUCGAACCUUUGCGUUCUUAUCACAGCCUUUGGGGCCUCGGAAGCUUGAAAAGGGUCUGGUUCACCUGCUCGAUAUGUGGAAAGCCAAGGAGGAACACAAUGGCCUUGUGCAUAACAAUCCCUCGGCUGAGGUGCUGCCGAUCCGUGGUGCAGAGAAACAAGAGUCCAAUACCACAGUGCCGGCCCCUUCCACACAGGCGGCUGAAAUCGUCCAAGACAUGAUGAUGGCCCAGCAGAUGAGUGAGAGCAUAGUCGCAACACAGUCAAUGGGGCUCAAGACACCUGCGUUGCCAACGCCCCCAGAGGAUCCAGGCCCGAUUGUCAGCCCGGCAGCUCCGUCAGAGACUAAGCUAUCUGAAGGUGCAGAGAAGGGCCGAGCCGUUCUCAUCGCCGAUGACAACGCCAUCAACCUGAAGAUUCUCUCGGCGUAUAUGAAAAAGCUGAAGCUCGCACAUGUCACAGCCAUCAACGGGCUGGAGUCUCUGACACUGUACUCCCAGGCGCCGUCAGAUUAUUGCUGCAUCCUGACCGACAUAUCGAUGCCCACGAUGGACGGUCUUGAGUCCGCGAGAAGGAUUCGACAGUACGAACGAACGAGACGACUGAAACAAACGCCCAUUAUUGCUCUCACAGGCCUGGCAGGCGCAGGUAUCCAGGAGGACGCUGUUGCUAGUGGAAUUGAUAUGUUCCUGACUAGGCCCGUGACCUUGAAGAGGUUGACAGAAGCCCUCGAGACUCUUGGGCUGGGGUGA